GUGACGUCGUCACUUCCUCUGCGGAGAAGGCUCGCGAACGGACGGUUUGGCUGUAGCAACCGCGGUCGGCGUCCAGCGCUGCGAGGCGGGAGGAUGAGCGACAGCGGGGAGCAGAACUACGGCGAGCGGGAGUCCCGUUCCGCUUCCAGAAGCGGAAGCGCUCACGGUUCCGGCAAGUCUCCAAGACACUCACCUGCUAGAUCUAGGUCCAAGGAAGGUUCAAGGCGAUCUAGGUCAAAGUCUAGAUCAAGAUCUGAAUCUCGAUCCAGAUCAAGGAGGAGUUCUCGCAGACAUUAUACGAGGUCACGUUCACGUUCUCGAUCCCAUAGGAGGUCAAGAAGCAGAUCUUACAGCCGCGACUAUCGUCGCCGACACAGUCACAGCCAUUCUCCUAUGUCUACUCGGCGUCGUCAUGUUGGCAACAGAGUAAGGCUGGGAUGGCAGCAGUUGACCAGAGAUAAUUCAGCUGUGUGUGUCUUUGGAGGUUCUAAAGUUUUCAAAUUACCCAGAAAUCAUGCAAAUCCCGACCCAAACUGUUGUCUUGGUGUGUUUGGAUUAAGCUUGUACACAACAGAAAGGGACCUGAGAGAGGUAUUCUCCAAAUAUGGCCCAAUUGCUGAUGUUUCUAUUGUAUAUGACCAGCAGUCCCGACGUUCUAGAGGAUUUGCCUUUGUGUACUUUGAAAGUGUUGAUGAUGCUAAGGAGGCAAAAGAACGUGCUAAUGGAAUGGAACUUGACGGAAGACGGAUCAGAGUUGAUUUCUCAAUAACAAAAAGGCCUCACACGCCUACUCCUGGAAUUUAUAUGGGGAGACCUACUUAUGGAAGUUCCCGACGGAGAGAUUACUAUGACAGAGGUUUUGAGAGAGGAGGCUAUGAUGACCGUGACUAUUAUAGCAGAUCAUACAGAGGAGGAGGUGGUGGCGGAGGAGGUGGUGGCGGAGGAGGAGGAGGGUGGCGAGGUGCCCAAGACAGGGAUCAGAUGUACAGGCGAAGAUCUCCAUCUCCCUAUUACAGCAGGGGGGGCUACAGAUCUCGCUCCCGGUCUCGAUCCUAUUCACCUCGUCGCUAUUGAAGUGUGAAACAAAGAACUUUGUAGCUACAGACAGUGCAUUGAGAUUGCAAUCUUGUGGACAAUAUUUUGUUACUUUUGUUCAAGUCUAAUAGUGCCUAGUGAAUAGGUGACUUUUACACCUUUUAUGGAGACUACUUUUGGUGAAGUUUUAAAAUGCUGUUUCAUUCUGCAUAUUUGUGUAGUUUGUGCUUUGUUCAAAGUUAUGUUUUGAGAACAGUAUGUCUUCUGCAUGUGUUUUAGUCUGAGCUUUGCAGAAGGGUUUCUAUUGUCCAAAGUUCUUCAUUCAGUUUUUGUUUUUGUUUUUUUACAGUUUCCAAGGUAUUUUGAAGAACAAAACCUGUGUAAUAUGCUUUGAAAUGGUGGCAUAAUAAAGUUUUUUUUUAACUUACUUUGAAGCCCAUAUCUCCUACUUAGCCAAAGUUUGAGUCGGAGAAAGAAUAAAACCUUUACCAAAUUCAGAGCAGUAUCCAAAAUUCUGUACCCCAAACCUUUCUCAAAUACUUUCUGUAAUAUGAAGUAUGAAUAAAAAUCCACAUUGUAACUUGUUAUUUCUGUAAGUAGGUUAAGCUUUUCAUAUUAGCAGAUGUAAGUGCUGGAAACUUGUGAUAAGGAACGUGUAUUUUAUGAUAUAAAGGUGAUCUGGAAAUUCAGUUGUUAAAACAGUUUUCAAAACA